CCAAGACACAUUAGUGAAAAUAACGCUCGUAUAAGUAAAGUAACCUUAUAAAAAUUAGUAUUUAAAGUCAAAGGGACUAUAUCGGAGGCGGUGAGAGUCAAAGUUGAUCAAAUAGACCGAUCGACUCUGUGGAUUGCCGUGGAGAAAGCUAACGUAGCUCGUACAAUAAUAUCUAAAUAUCUAUUCUAACUUUCCGGCUGUCUUGUUUUUAACGUUCAUCAAAAAUGGGUAAAAAGAAAGAUAAAGCUAAGAAAUUAAAAGGGGCAGACAAAACCGCGAUGAAAACAGACAGGAAAGUUAACAAGAAGAUAAAAAAGGAAAUGACUGAAAAGGGUGAAGAUGAUAUAGAACAACUGAUCGCUAACUUUGUAGAGCAGGAUAAAAAGCGUGCACAGAUAACUGAAGAGAUUGCAGAACCUCCAUCACCACGGUGCAACAUGUCACUGACUCCACAUCCUGAAAAUGAUGAACUUCUUAUGUUUGGUGGCGAGUUCUUCAAUGGUAACAAGACUUUCAUGUACAAUGAUUUGUAUGUGUACAGCAUUAAGCAUGAUGAGUGGAGGUUGGUCAAGACCCCAUUGGUUCCACCACCAAGAUGUUCCCAUCAAGCUGUGGCAAUGCAACAGGAAGGUGGACAGUUGUGGAUUUUUGGUGGUGAAUUCGCCAGCCCCACCCAGUCACAGUUUUAUCAUUACAAGGACCUCUGGGUGUAUCACAUUUCAAAGAAGCAGUGGGAGAAAAUCAAUGCACAUGGAGGGCCAUCAUCCAGAAGUGGUCACAGAAUGCUAGCCUCUAGAAAAGAAUUAGUCGUGUUUGGCGGUUUCCAUGACAAUAUCAGAAAUUAUAAGUACUUCAAUGAUGUCUACGUAUUUAACUUUGAGACAUACAUGUGGACACGGGUUGAACCAAGCGGACCUCAACCAGCCCCGAGAUCUGGCCACCAGAUGGCAGUACUAACUGAUGGACGGUUGCUUGUGUAUGGUGGCUAUAGCAAGGUGCCAGUGAAGAAAGAUGCUGACAAAGGCACCGUGCACUCCGAUAUGUUCAUACUAGGCUUGGAUGCUAAGCAAGGCGAUCCGGUGAAGCAGAAGGGCGAGAGAUGGAAAUGGACGCUGGUCAAGCAGUGCGGAGUGCGGCCGACCCCGCGCUGCGGGUUCUCGCUAGCCACACUGCCCAACAACAGGGCCGUUGUCUUCGGAGGUGUACUGGACACUGAAGAGGAUGAUGAGGAACUCCUAGGAACUUGCUUGAAUGAUUUUUACCAACUGGACCUUAUCAAAGGAAAAUGGCAAGAUUUAGAACUUAAGGGCAAAAGGUCAUUUGAGAAAAAAGCACGCCGACGAAAGAAGGAUAAAGAGGAGGGAGGGGACGAUGCAAUGGAGGAGGAAGGAGAUGAUGAUGCUGGUGAAGAGGAGAAGGAAGAUCUCGAAGACAACUUGAAUGAGUUGAAAUUAAAAGAUGGCAGCAGUACAACUGCCUCAGAACUAGCGGAGCAUCCAACACAGUCAGUGAAUGAUGUAUCGAUGCAUGGGCCUCAAACAGUGUAUGAUGAUGGGGUGUUCAAGGUAUCUAUGGGAGCAGCAAGCCAUUCAGCUCUAGGUGAUCACUUGACCAGUCCCACCACAUCUACCGAACAGAUUGUCCGACCCAGUCCACGCAUGAAUGCAUCGAUGGCAUUUAAGCGGGGGAUUCUGUACUUGUACGGAGGGGUAAGCGAGGAGAAAGAGAAGGAGACAACGUUGAGUGAUUUUUAUUCCAUUGACUUGCGGCGGAUGGAUGAGUGGAGAACCAUAAUAGCCGGAGACCCGUCUAAAAUGGAGUGGAUCGAGUCGAGUGAAUCCGAGAGCGAGGAGGAAGAGGAGAAGGAGGAGGAGGCGGGGGAGGAUAACAGGGAGGACGAUAGCAAUGAAGAUGGGAAUGGUGAUGAUGAUGAGGUUGGUGCAUGCAGUGGGUAGGACAGGGUGGAACAGGAACAGGAACUGGAAAUUAAGGCAACUCUUUGCCAUGUUGCCAGUCAGGAUGGGUAUAUAAGAAUGUGGCCACUGUAUGCAGGUAUUCCUGUUUUAGCACCUGCGUUCUGUACAGUCAUAUUUUGUAAUGCCAGCUUAUACAUAGAAGAAUGUCUGAUGCUGAUCUGAAUAUACAUACAAAGUAUCGUUGUGGAGUAACCUUUCUUGAAACAAGUGAAUCGUCGUCAUAUUAAUCCGAGAAUUAAUUAAGUGCCCCCUAGCUUUGCUGAUGAAAGAUUAAGAUUUAAUGAUAUUUCUAGCACUGUGAGAGGAUUAUGCUUGUGGCAGGACAAAUUCGAAACCAAGUUUCAAUUACUUUAAAGAUUGAAUGCCAAGAAUUUGUUCAUAAUUACAGUAUAAUAAAUAAAUUCUGAUAAUCGGUUUGAUUUAGUAUGUGAACUUAUUA